UUUCGCCCCAUUGCAGGCUACGAGCAGCCCUGGGAGGACGCCCUGUGUCCGUACCCGCCGUCCUUCGCGCGGCCCCUGCAGGUGGCGCUCGGUGCCAGCGACGGCGCCAGCGACUACGGCAACAAAUUCGGGGAGCCCCUGGUGGCAGGCUUCGCCCGCUCCUUCGGGCAGGUGCUGCCCGGGGGGCAGCGCCGGGAGUGGAUCAAGCCCAUCAUGUUCAGCGGAGGCAUCGGGGCCCUGGAGGACGAGCACGUCAAGAAGGAGAACCCGGAGCCAGGGAUGUUGGUGGUGAAGUUGGGGGGUCCCGUCUACAGGAUCGGCGUGGGGGGAGGGGCCGCCUCCUCCAUCCAGGUGCAGGGGGACAACGAGGCCGAACGGGAUCUGGGGGCCGUGCAGCGUGGGGACCCCGAGAUGGAGCAGAAGCUGAACCGCGUCCUGCGGGGCUGCGUGGAGAGCGGGGCCCGGAACCCCGUGAGCUCCAUCCACGACCAGGACGCCGGCGGCAACGGCAAUGUCCUGAAGGAGAUCUCGGAGCCGGCCGGGGCCGUCAUCUACGCCAGCCGCUUCCAGCUGGGUGACCCCACGCUGAGCAUCCUGGAGCUCUGGGGCGCCGAGUACCAGGAGUCCAACGCGCUGCUGGUGCGGCCGGAGGCGCUGGCGCUGCUGCGGCGCCUGGCGGAGAGAGAGCGCUGUCCCCUGAGUGUGGUGGGGACAAUCACCGGGGAUGGCAGGAUCGUGCUGGUCGAUGACCUGGCGUCGCCGGUGCCCGAGGGGGGGUCCCACGAGGGGCUCCCCACCCCCGUCAACCUGGAGCUGGAGUGGGUGCUGGGCAAGAUGCCCCAAAAGGAGUUCCACCUGUCGCGCGCGCCCCUCCCGCGGCGCCCCCUGAGCCUCCCCGCGGCGCUGUCGGUGCGCGGCGCCCUCGAGAGGGUCCUGAGGCUGCCGGCCGUGGCCAGCAAGAGGUACCUGACCAACAAGGUGGACCGCUCGGUGACGGGGCUGGUGGCGCAGCAGCAGUGCGUGGGUCCCCUGCACACGCCGGCCGGCGACGGCGUGGUGGCCUUGUCGCCGUUCGGGGACAGCGGCGCCGCCACCGCCAUCGGCGAGCAGCCCGUCAAGGGGCUGCUGGACCCGACGGCGCUGCGGCUGGCGCUGGCCGGCGAGGCCAUCACCAACCUGGUGUUCGCCAGGGUCACGCACCUCAAGGACGUGAAGUGCUCGGGCAAUUGGAUGUGGGGCUCCAAGGCGGGCGCCGAGGGCGGCGCGCUGGUGGCCGCGUGUGACGCGCUGGUGGCCGCGCUGCGCCAGCUGGGCGUGGCCAUCGACGGCGGCAAGGACUCGCUGAGCAUGGCGGCCAGAGUGGGGACGGACACCGUGAUGGCACCUGGUGCCCUGGUGAUCUCGGCCUACGCCGUGUGCCCCGAUGUCACCGCCACCGUGACCCCUGACCUCAAGUGUCCCAACGACAGAGGGACCCUGCUGUGGGUGCAGCUGAACCCCGGGCGGCACCGCCUGGGCGGCUCCGCCCUGGCCCAGGUGUUCGCCCAGGUGGGCGACGAGUGCCCCGACCUGGACCGGCCCCAGAGCCUGGAGAGCGCCUUCAACGUCACCCAGGAGCUGCUCAAAGAGCGCGUGCUGGCGGCCGGCCACGACGUCAGCGACGGGGGCCUGCUGGGCUGCGUGCUGGAGAUGGCCUUCGCCGGCAACUGCGGCGCCAGCGUGCGCGUGCCCGCGCCGCCGCCCGGCGUCACCCCGCUGGCGCUGCUCUUUGCCGAGGAGCCGGCGCUGCUGCUCGAGGUCCCGGCCGCGGCCGCUGUCCCCGUGUGCCGCCGCUACCAGGACGCCGGUGUCACCUGCGUCCCCAUCGGCCACAGCGGCCCCUACGGACCCCGCGCCAUGGUGAGGGUGUCCCUCAAUGUCCCCACUGUGCUGUCCGAGCCCCUUGGGGACAUCAGGGACAUCUGGGAGCAGACGAGUUUCCAGCUGGAGCGGCUGCAGGCCACGCCGGCCUGCGUGGAGCAGGAGCAGCAGGACCUGGGCACGCGCUGGGGACCCGACUUCAGCGUCACCUUCGACCCCGACUACGUGGCACCGGUGGCGCGGAGCAUGGAGCUACCGGGGCCGCGCGUGGCCGUGCUGAGGGAGGAGGGCAGCAACGGCGACCGGGAGAUGGCCGCGGCCUUCGCCAUGGCCGGCUUCCAGGUGUGGGACGUGACCACCCAGGACCUUUGCUCGGGCUCGGCCUCCCUGGACGGGUUCCGGGGUCUCGUUUUCGUGGGGGGCUUCAGCUACGCCGACGUGCUGGGCUCGGCCAAAGGCUGGGCCGCCUCCGUCCUCUUCAACGGCCGAGUUCGCCCGGAGCUCGAGCGCUUCCGCGCGCGGCCGGACUCCUUCAGCCUGGGCGUGUGCAACGGCUGCCAGCUGAUGGCGCUGCUCGGAUGGGUGGGGACAGGUGACAGCCCCGGUGGUGGCCCUGUCCCCGCGGUGGCCCUGGAGCGGAACGCGUCCGGCCGCUUGAAGUGGUCCGUCACCGGUCGCUGGAGUCGGGCGCGGCGCGCUGAUGCUGUCUGGUGCAUGGAGGGGCGCGGCUGGCUGGGGGUCUGGGUGGCGCACGGGGAAGGCCGUUUCCAGUUCCGGCCGCCCUCGGCGCUUGACCGCUGUGUCCGCUCCGGCCUGGCCGCGCUGCGUUACGUCGAUGACCGCGGCGAGCCCACCGAGCGCUACCCGCUGAACCCCAACGGCUCCGGCCGCGGCGUGGCCGCGCUGGUGUCGCCCUGCGGCGGCACCUGGCGGCCAUGCCGCACCCCCGAAGCGGUCAGUGCGCGCCUGGCACUGCCCCUGGCCCGGCCGGACGGCGGCCGCGGACGGCCGGAGCAAGGCCGGCAACGGGCCCUGGCUCAGAAUGUUCCGGAACGCGCUGGAGUGGUGCCUGCGGUGGCCGCAGGGGGAGGAGUGACCGCUGGGUGA